GUCAUCCUUUUCAAGAUGGCCGCCGGGACUAAUCAUAGAGAGAUGGACAAAACUGGAGACAAACCCUCGGAGAGUGAGGAGAGCAGUUUUAGGACAACUCCCGAGUCUUGCUUUACUCUGAACAACCACACAGGAGAAAAUCCUGGGGAAAAUGCACCAGCACAUCUAGCAACACACACCAGUGACAAACCCUACAUGUGUGGAGAGUGUGGGUACAGGACAGCUGACAGGUCUCACUUAUCCGGACAUAUGAGGACCCAUACAGGAGAAAAACCUGGUGAAAAUGCAUCAGACCAAAAUCUAACCAAGAACGUUACAAUUACACCAACAUGUGUCAUUCUUGAUCUAACAAACGUCCCUGGUGAGAAAUGCUACAUGUGUGGGGUAUGUGGGUACAGGGAUAUUUGUAAGUCCGCCCUGUCAGCACAUAUGAUUAUCCACACAGGGCAAGAAAACUACUGCACAGGAGAAAAACCCUACAAGUGUGACCAGUGCGACUAUUCUACAGCACGGAAAUCUGGUUUGGACACACAUAUGAGAAAACACACUGGUGAGAAACCCUACAUGUGUGGGGAGUGUGGGUACAGGACUGCUUACAGAUGUACCUUAACCCAACAUAUGAAAACCCACACAGGAGAAAAACCCUAUAAAUGUGACCAGUGUGACUAUUCUGCAGCACGGAAACAGUACUUGGACAAGCAUCUAAGAGGCCACACAGGAGACAAACCCUACAUGUGUGGGGAGUGUGGGUUCAGGACAGUUCACAAGUCAUACCUAUCCCAACAUAUGAGAACCCACACAGGAGAAAAACCCUACAAGUGUGACCAGUGUGACUUUUCUGCAGCAUGGAAAUCCAAUUUGGACACACAUAUGAAAAAACACACUGGUGAGAAACCCUACAUGUGUGGGGAAUGUGGGUACAGGACAGCUGACAGGUCCAGCUUAUCUUCACAUAUGAGAACCCAUACAGGAGAAAAGCCCUACAAGUGUGACCAGUGUGACUAUUCUGCAGCAGAGAAACAGUACUUGAAAAACCAUAUAAGAAACCACACUGGAGACAAACCCUACAUGUGUGAGGAGUGUGGAUACAGGACAGUUAACAAGUCAUUCCUAUCCCAACAUAUGAGAACCCAUACAGGAGAAAAACCCUACAAGUGUGAUCAGUGUGACUAUUCUGCAGCACAGAAAGUCAAUUUGGCAAGACAUCGAACAACUCACACCGGAGAGAAACCCUACAUGUGUGGGGAAUGUGGGUACAGGGCAGCUAACAAAUGUAACUUGUCCCAUCAUGUGAAAACCCAUGCUAUAGAAAAACCCUACAAAUGUGAUCACUGUGACUAUUCUACAGCAAAGAAGUCCAGUUUUGACGAACAUCUCACAAAACACACUGGAGAAAAACCCUACAUGUGUGACAAGUGUGGGUACAGGGCAGCUGUAAGGUCUACCUUGUCCAAACACAUGAGAAUCCACACAGGAGAAAAACCCUACAAGUGUGACCAGUGUGACUUUUCUGCAGCUCAGAAAUGUAGUCUGGACAUUCAUCUAACUAAGCACAGUGGCAACAAACCCUACAUGUGUGACAAGUCAAGUGUGGAUACAGGACAGCUUACAGGUCUGACUUAUCCAAACAUAUGAAAACCCACACAGGAGAAAAGCAUGGAUGAAAAAGGACGAGGCAAAUUACUGACGAAAGGUAGUGAACGCUACCUGAAACGUCUGACAUUUCCAAAAUCACACCCAGGCGCUGGAGUAACUGCUUUUUGGCAUUUCUUAUUACCUUCACCGACGUAUGUUCAGUGAUGCUUCUUAAUAAAAAGUAGUGUCCCUUCGUGGCAAAAUCACUAAAAACGGUUUAUAACAUAUUUAAAGUUAAAAACUUGAGAUCCAACACAAAGAAAUUCUCUCACCUAGAGCUUUCAACCAGUCACUCUGGUCUUCCUCAGUAGACUGACCCAGUGUCAGGCUUGUCACGUGGCUUCUU